CACCUCGGAAACUUCUUCCCCAGAAUCGUUCCAACUUCACAACUCAGCAUCACCACAUCGUCAAAGAAGAUCGUCUCCGCACACAAAAGCUAUUCGCUGUAUCGACUCACUCGCAAAGUAUAGACAUUAAGCGGUCUGCUUUCCCUCCGAGCUUAUCCGAAACUUCACUCCAUCGUCGCUGACCAUAUUAUCAUCCCCCUGGGAACUUGUUCGACUAUCGAAAAUUUCACUUUUGUUCGGGCAUACGUAGUCCCACAGCAAAGAACGUUACGCAACCAACAUCGCAGCAAAGCAUUCAAAUAAGAGCUCGUCCACUCAACCACAGGCGACAUGAGGCAACGAAGGAUCUUUCUUCCGAACGCCGUGCCCGUCUCCGACAUGCCUCACUUUGACUCGCACCUAUAUACCUACCUACACAACUCCCCAUUUCCCUCGCACUACCGAUAUGAACUUCCCAUCGGACGUGACACCUUGGAUGAGAUCAUCACAAUAGUGAACGAGAGGCUGUGCCUUGGUUCCUCGCCGGAGCUUGUGUUUGGUCAACGUCAUGUGCCUGGAAGGUUCAAUGAGAGUGACCCCGGCAGCAAUGAUACCGGAGCAGGUCAGGGAGCGUCCUCAGCCGACGCACAUCCAGCGGCCCGCGCCCCUGAGUAUCAGGAAUCUCAUCGAGGGAGAGCAUGCGGGCAUGUUUUUAAGAAGGGAGAGGCUAUCUAUCGAUGCAGGAACUGCGGGUUAGAUGAGACCUGCGUCUUUUGUUCGUAUUGCUUCCACGGCAGCGAUCAUGAGGGCCACGACACUUCCUUUUCCAUUGCGACGGGACAUGGGGGAUGCUGCGACUGCAAUGAUCCUGAAGCCUGGAAAGUUCCAGUGAAAUGCAAGUAUCACACCUCGCAUGCCAAGAGCGAACCAAGCUCAACAACUGCAGAGAGCGCUGGAGCCACCGCUGGCGCAUCAUCUAGCGCACUGCCGCAGGUCUUGCAAAACUCGAUCCGAACUACGAUAGCCACGGUUCUGGAUUUCGUCAUCGAUACCAUCAGUGAUUCUCCUUCCAAGCUUCCCAAACCGUCGCGGGGCGACGGCUCGACUGUUAUAUGUUUGGAUGCCCCGGAAGACCACGAGUUAGGAUUUGCCUCGUCGGAUCCCGAAGCAACAUUGAAAUACAAUCACGCAUGCAUCCUAUGGAACGACGAAACACAUUCGUUCACGGAGGUCAUAGACCAGGUCAAGGAUGCAAUGGGCGUCACAACGAAUGAGGCAAAAAUUGUCGCAGAGACGGUUGACUCGCAUGGACGACAUGUGCUGACGGUUUCGAAUAAUUCCGACGAGCUGUCCAGGGUCAUGUCCGUGAUAAGUCGGAUUGGUUUGACCGUCUCCCUACGUUCCGCACGGGAAACCUUCCGGGAAGAAGUGUCCGGUUUCUUGAUAGAAUGGUUGAAGAACCUCCCGAGACAAACUAAUGGCACCCAAAGCGGCUUAUCUGAACCGGUGGAUGCCUUCAUCCGCCGGGUCAUAUGUGAAGAGCUUUGCUCCUCUCGUCGGUCAUUUAAACGGGACUUUGCCAAGAACUCGUUACUUGCUGGAGAUUCACACAUGUCUGGGGUCGUGUUUAGUGAAUCCUCUGGCGAUUUGCAUAUCGAGAGGGGGAUUUCGGAUAGCACAUCGGACCGCCUUUCAAAAGCACCUAUUCAUGAAGGCGUAGCGAGGGAGACCCGGUCAAGACUGGACCACAUGCUUGUAUCCGAUAUCAAGCUUUGGAAGGGGGCCCGGAAUACGAUGCGUGAACUGUACAUAGGCACAUUCAUCGUGAGCGGAGACACCACCAGGAAAUCGUUUGGCAUUCAAUUUGCUCGAUCCUAUCUUCCCAUCAUCACGAACUACCUCUUCCACGACAGAGAGCCGGACCUCUCGGUACUGAAUAUCUCCGUCCAAAUCUUCACCGUGCCGACGAUUGGUCACUAUUUGACUACCCAUACGGAUCUGCUUACAACGAUAUUCACUGUUCUGAAAGCAUUCUUUCUGUCCGAGGUCCUCCCCGAACGGUUUCCUCUGAGGGAGAUUCAGACGGCCUUCGCUACUGCAAGGGAUUGGUCUCAGUCUCGCUAUCCACCACUUACAUGCGAUUCGGAAGCAACAAAGAACAAGCCUUACAUUCAUUUGUUCCAAGAUGCCAAGUAUCUACUAUCAGCUGACAAGCUCGUCCCGGGUGCCGCUGGAGUUGACAAGGCGACCUUCACGCGCUUUUUGGAUCUUUGCUGCGUGUGGCAAGGAAUGCACGCCCAAACGCGAUAUCGCCGCCAGCAUAUCGAGUACGAACGAGAUCAAUGGAUCAGAGCUUUCAACCUCAGUUUACAUAUAGGAAGACUGGUGCAGUCCAUGGCCGAAGGACUGUCUGUCAUCGGACUGAGCGACCUGUUCGAACGCGUCGUCGAAACUCUUAGAUUGCUGGAUUCGUGGUGUCACGCCGUUUUGGAAGAAAGCGUCCACCGGGUGUUACUCCAGCAGGGCCAAGCGACGGGCGUGGGAGUCGACAUGCACAGGCGUAUUCCCGAAGCGGACGGAUUCCACGCUGUAAAUUUCGUGCCUGAGAGGCCGAUCAGGGUGCCAUUUUUCAGCGUGGCCAGUCAGCCAGUCUCAUUUCACCAUCCCUUGCACUGGUUUUUGGCCCACAUGCUCGGCUUGAUCGUAAAGGUGAGCAGUAGUGGAAGAUCUGACGCCGAUGCCCUACUACAGCGAGUCUUCCAAGAAGGACAAGCACCGGGGACGUAUUCCGCAGCGGCCAGCAUCGAGUUUGUGAGUAGAUUGAUGGAGAUUCCCCUGCAAACGUGUGUUUUGCUUUCACAAAUCCGUGCGGGGAUAUGGGUGCGUAACGGCAUGACUAUCCGUGCGCAAGCGUCAUACUACCGCAGCACAACAUUCUGCGACCACCAUGAUCAGGACCUAUUUCUGCUCCAAAUCUACUCCGCUGUUGUCGGUCCGGACAUCUUCCUGACGGCGUUGUUGGAUCGGUACGAUUUGAGUUUGUGGUUCACUGGUGACCCGCGCGCCUGCUCCAGUGCCACCGGACACGAAGACCAGCAGAUUGUACUACUAGUAGAGGAUUUCCUGGAGCUUCUCAUUACGUUGUUCAGCGAGCGCUCGAAACUGCUCCAAUUUGACGAUCGUGCAGAAUUGAGGCGGGAGAUGGUACAUCACUUGGCCGCUGCAGGUUCGCACGGGGUGACGUACUCGGAGCUGUCGAACCGCAUCCCUGAGCGGCUAGUUGAUACUGCCGAUGAUUUUGACGAUAUAUUGGGAACCGUCGCCGAGUACAAGUCACCCGAAGGUCCAAGCGAUAGCGGCGUGUACGUCUUGAAAAACACGGAAUGGGAUGCAGUAAACCCAUGGUUCUGGCAUUUCUCCAAAAACCAGCGAGAGGAAGUUGAGGAGAAACUCAAGACGCGAUAUGUUGCGCGCGGGGAAACUGACUGGUGGAUCCCAAGCCUUCCUACGUCGACGCAGGGUGGCACGGCAGCGCUCGAAGAUAAGCUGAACGCCAUGGUACGGAGCGAUACCCUCAUCCACUUGCUGUAUUUCAGCUUCUGGAACAUCGUUUUCGGCAUUGUCCCGAGUACGACCAUAAUUGCCGAAGCGGUACAUCUAUUGGCUUUGUUCCUGUAUAGCCCGUCGGGGCAUGAGUUCGCUACUUCCUUGGCCAACGUCGUCGUACAGGUGCCGACAGGUCUUCCGGACAAUGGGCCCGACCGAGAGACACUUCUGGACUUAUUGAUCCGAAUCAUUGGCUCUAGCCAAGCGGAGGCCGACGACGACAUGAAGGAUCUGCUCAAACGCAUAGAGCGGCUUGUCCCUAGAAUCGAGGAGAUAGGUGAUGAUCAUGCGAAGUUCAUUGUACGUCGAUGGCGCGACGAAACCAAUGGUCACUCGAACAACGCUGAGCAGUCUGAAAGCGAGAAGAAAAAGCUGGAUGCAAAAGCUGCUGCGAAGGCUCGCAAAGCUGCUAUCAUGGCACAAUUUGCGGCUGCUCAAGAGAAAUUCGUGCAGGAAAACCAAAUGAGCGUUGUGGAGGACGAAGAAGACGACGACGCGGCUCUAAAUGCGGGAGAAGGUUGGGACAUUGAAGGCGAUGAGAUGGAGGGCGUGGAAACAUCAUCGCCAUUGGCACACAAGCGUAUGUGGGACUAUCCGUCCGGCACCUGCAUAUUCUGCCAGGAGGAGACGAAGGACAAAAACGAAACGUACGGCAUGUUGUGCUUCGCGCAGCCCAGCACGCUUCUUAGCAGGGUCGAACUGGAUUACGAGCGACCGCCCACGAUCGCUGCACUUGGCUUAUACAUCUCGACUUGCGGCCAUCUGAUGCACCUUACGUGCUUCCAUCAAUAUUAUGCUUCGGUGCGGAAUCGACAGGACACGCAGCUUGGCAGAAACCAACCUGAAGACCUUGAGCGCAACGAGUUCCUUUGUCCUCUGUGCAAGACACUUGGAAACGUCUUUGUACCCGUCCUCUGGGCUCAAAUGGAGGAAAAAGUGUCUCCCAACAUCACCGACGCAGAGGGGCCGAGUUUCGGUUAUUGGUGGCAUAGUGGGUUGUCAGAGUUCGCCCGUGCUCUCGUCCACGGAGAGUUGAUCGAAGACGAGGGAGAGAUCGUACAGCGAUUCGAACAUGUAGGCCAACCCCGGCGAGAAGCUACCCAGCAAUCCGAUCCGAGUCAUCUGUAUCGCCGCUUCAACCGAACUCUACUCUCAGCAAGUGGGAAUCAAACACGAGAUCUGCAUAUGGAAGGUUGGGUCGAGCGCUGGAAAGCGGUUGCUUACACGAUCCGGUGUCUUGAAGUCGCUGCUCGCAGUAAAGGCGCGAUCCAGAAUGGGAAGUCAGUCAUAGAUCAGAUUCCUGAGAAUGGACUGACCCUCCUUCGCGUGCUAUGUGAAGGAUUGAUGGCAAGUACUGCUGUCGAACUCCGAAACCCAGAAUCGGAGGGAAUGCUCGAGGAAUGGGGCCAGGAGCUCACAUGGGGCAUGUUCUGCGGACUACUGGAAGGCGAGGUCGUGACAAACGAGAUGACACCGUUCUUGAUGAUGCAUGGUGUUGAUGCACUCUGCGAGGUCUUCUUCGGCAUCGGUGUGGUAAAGGGUGGUGAAGACUCGUUCUGGGAGUGGUUGUCGGUGUUCUACAUCCGAGAGAUUGUGGCAACUCUCAUCGGCGUUCUGGAGGCGGUAGGCUUCAACAAGUACAAGGUGGGCGAACGUCGUCCAAAUGACGAGCCACACGACCCAGAAUGGGCCGCUUUCUUCAGAGCGGUGGCGAGUAUGCUCCUGAUCGAUGACCGAGAGAAUCUUGCCCAAUCGGUGCUCGACACAGUUGGAACGACGUACCUGAAAACAUUGAUGCGAAAGACGAUGCAUGGAUUCCUGCGUGGGUGCACGGUUCUGGGUUGGGCGCGGUUUGGUAUCGUGCCAGUGACCGCGGGACCAAGCAGCGAUGGUCAGGAUAUCGAUAUCGAUCAGGAGUAUGAGCAGCUUCGACGACACCUCCGCCUUCCGACCUUGGAUGCGCUAUGCUCAAGCAGUUCUCUUAACGACCAGCAUAUAUCGAAAUUGAUUAAUGGAUGGUGCAGACAGCUCUACGAUUUCAAUCCCGUACACUUCUCCUCGCACGGACGUAUUGCUGUUCCGGGGUCCUUUGCAUCUGGAUCUAGCCUGAGCAACAGCUCCAUGCAAGCUCGUCGACGAAGCUCAGCGAUGUCUGCGCGGCAGCCUUCCCCGACAGUCUUGCUGUAUACAGUAGUUACACCGGCACGAACUCCGACAUUGUUCGCUCUGCCGCAGCGAUUGGAUACCCUGCUGGAGGAGUCAACGCGGAGAGCGUGCCAGAAGUGCAAGCAAGUCCCCGCUGAUCCUGCGAUCUGUCUCUUUUGCGGGACUUUGGUUUGCAGUCAAAGUUACUGCUGUGAGGAGGAUGACAAAGGCGAAUGUAACACGCAUGCCAGAAGUUGCGGCGCGGAUGUCGGCAUCUUCAUUGUCAUCAGAAAAGGGCUGAUUCUGCUUCUACAUAACGACAACGGGUGCUUCAUACAUCCACCCUAUUUGGACUCGCAUGGGGAAGUGGACCCAGGUCUCAGGCGUGGUCGACCACUUUUCUUAAAUCAGAAACGAUUCGACGAACUGGCGAAGAUGUGGACUACACAUGGGAUACCCAGCUACGUCGAAAGGACGAUCGAGCAAACAUUUGACCGUGGAGGCUGGAUCACGCUCUGACCGUCGACUCACGACGUACACAAUUUCAUAUCACCAUCAUCACUGUAAACAGAAUUUCUCUUGAUUGUGCUAUUUAUCUGAUACCCUAGCAUUGAUUGUACAUACAUAGUAGUGUGUAGCCUUGUUCGUUCAAUGUAAUUUUGGAGCUCCCACCCCAAAAAAGCGGGCGAUGGAGAAAAGUGUCGAUGCAAACGCGUCGCCCAGUCCUAC